UCGAGUGCGGGAACAAAAAAAGUCAGCGCGGUUUGCCCACCCUCUCUCUUCUCCUUUUCCGACGCCUUCGUCCCUUCGGUCAACGCCACCGUCUCGCUUUGCACGCGGCGGAAGCAUGACAAAAUAGCCAAUAGCUCGAGCGAGGUGAUUAAUUUGCUGUGCGAUGUGGUCGUCCUCGCCGUGGGUGGUCGCCGAAGAAGAGUGGGAUCUGGGCGCGGUGGUGCGGGGUCGUCGUCCGCCUUCGAUGCCGAGGAACGAAACCGCUUGGCUUCCUUACCCAACGACGCUGGACGAUGCUGCGGCGGAGGAGGCGGUAGUAGAGGCUGGUAAAGGUGGCUUCCUUUCUGGUUUCCCGGAUCUGCUACAGAGAUGGGAUGGAUUCCAGGAGCUGGAGGAGCUUUACAAGCCUUUCUUUUUUCCCAAAAUCCAGCAGCAGCCGCUACGGCGGCUAGGAAGUCCUUCGGCAUCGUGGGUUUCCCCUGCUGACGCUUCCACCGCCGUCGUUGAGUUUCCGCAACCUCAGAAUUGCCACCGGCCGCCGCCUCAGAUCCCUCGUUCCAGAAGGAGGAAGAACCAGCUAAAGAAGGUGGUAUGCCACGUUCCGGCCGACGGGCUCUCAGCCGACGUGUGGGCGUGGCGAAAGUACGGCCAAAAGCCCAUCAAGGGCUCUCCUUAUCCUCGGGGAUACUACCGUUGCAGCAGCUCCAAGUGUUGCCUCGCGCGAAAGCAGGUCGAGCGAAGCCGAGUCGACCCGGCCAUGUUCAUCAUCACCUACACCGCCGAGCACAACCACCCUGUGCCCACUCAUCGCAACUCCCUCGCCGGAAGCAGCCGCCACAAAUUCCCUUCCCCUGUUCCUGCAUCUGCUGCCGCGGACAACGGCGCGCAGCCUCCUUCCGCCAACAACUCAUCCAACCCACCGUCGGUGGGUCUCUCCCCCACUACCCCGCUCACGGCCUCCAUGGAGGAAGAAAUCCUCCGUCUCCGCUCAGAGGACGGAGACGUCGGAGACGAAGCGGAGGACGACGAGGAAGAGGACGAAAUGCUACUGGACGUUGAGGGCAUGCACGUCAUGGGCGAAGACGACUUGUUGUUCUUGGGCGGAGCUGCCUCACCGGAGGCGGAGACCUUGCUCGAUGACGGAAGCGCGUCUGCAGAUCACCGUUUCCCCCUGCCAUGGAUGCCGCACAGCAGCAACGCGCCUGCGGCAGCCAGCAGCAUCUGAUGUCCCUCCCCUGUUCCUUCUUUAUCCGGCAAGCAGCAGACCCAGCAGCCGCAGAGCCAGAAACACAGCAGCCGCAGAGCCAGAAAGCGAGAGACACGAAGAGGGAGGAAUACUGAACCCUCCCUUCUUUUCUCUCUCAUACAAGGAUUUUCCCCAGAAAGCUGUAUAGUUCAUGCGAAAUUAUUAAAUGAAAUAAAGUUACAGGACGCCAUUGAAUUGUU